ACCACUGGCGCACGGACCGUGGAGGAUACGGGCAGAAGAUGGCUGACUUAGCCGGGCACCGCAAGCCCUCGGCGGCAUCACCAGCGUCACACGGGCCGCUGAAAAGCUGCAAGACACCCGCCGUCUGGCGACUGUAAACAGCUGCCUCUCUCAACCCCUCCUCUCCCCUCCUCACCGCAAAUAUUGACAGAAGUAUCACAGAGAAAACAUGGCAGAGAUGGAAAAAGAGGGCAGACCUCCGGAAAAUAAAAGAAGCCGAAAACCAGCUCACCCAGUGAAAAGAGAAAUAAAUGAAGAGAUGAAGAGUUUUGCAGAGAACACCAUGAAUGAGCUGCUGGGCUGGUACGGUUAUGACAAGGUGGAGCUGAGAGACUCUGACAGCCUGGAAAUAGGGGAGAUGCCACAGCACAUCUCUGUCCUCAAAGAAAACUCGUUGCCAAAAAUCCCAGCUUCAACAGAGAACAGUGAAGACUCUCCGGAUCGAGCCAACAGCUUUCAAUCGUUGCCAGCCUCCAGGAACGGACUCACAGAGACCUCCACCACGCCGUCCACCUCCACGCCCAGCACCAAGGAGCAUGGCAACCUGCCCAUCAUAGUCCCCAUGAUCCCUCCGCCACUGAUCAAGCCCCCUGCAGAUGAGGAUGCGUCCAAUGUGCAGAUCAUGUGCGCCUGGUGCCAGAAGGUCGGCGUCAAGCGGUAUUCUCUGAGCAUGGGGAGUGAGCUGAAGAGCUUCUGCAGUGAGAAAUGCUUCGCUGCCUGCCGCAGAGCCUAUUUUAAGAGAAACAAGCUUGGAUUUAUAAGGAAUUAUACCGCAAGAGACGACGAUGGCCUCGGUGGGAAAUUACCCCUGCACAGCUUUGCUCAGGACACGCCCAGGCUUGUCUUCAAGACAAACAGCGAUGUGCUUGUGUGUGACUGGUGCAAACAUAUUCGCCAUACUAAGGAGUACCUGGACUUUGGAGCUGGUGAGCGGAGGCUGCAGUUCUGCAGUGCCAAAUGCCUGAACCAAUAUAAGAUGGACAUUUUCUAUAAAGAGACCCAGGCUGCCCUUCCUGGAGCGCUGUGUAACCCAGGACACGGAGCUGGAGGGGAGGGUAAGCCGGAGUGCAGUUCAGGAGUGCAGCUGCUCACUCCUGAAUCCUGGGGAACGCCGCUAACGGACCUUCGACGUAAAGCUCCCUCACCUGGAGGGCCUUCCUCAACCUCAGUUUUGGCCCCUUCCACAUCUUCUGCUGCCUCACCCUCAGACACUGCAGCUGUCUGCUCCCCAUCCUCCUCCUCUUCAGCCAAAAUCCCCACACCCAGACCCCAUGAGAGCCCCUCACUUCCCCCACCACCUGUUCCCACUCUUCACCCACCUGUCGGGGUCCCCUCUGGCAGCCCUCCCAUGGUGAUGACACCCCGGGGACCCAUGCCCCUCCCUCUGUUCAUGGAGCAUCAAAUGAUGCAGCAGAUCCGCCCCCCAUUUCUUCGUACCUCUGCCCACCCAGGAGGGCCCAACAGCCCGCUGUCAAACCCAAUCAUCCCUGGUAUUGGUCCACCACCACCUCCUAGGACCCUUGGUCCUGCAUCAAGCCCCAUGCACAGGCCUCUGCUAUCUCCACAUGUCCACCCUUCAUCCAAUCCCAACCCUGGCAUGAUCCCCCCACACCCUGGAAUCCCCAUGCCGGGCCUACCACCUUUCCCCCCAGUCAACAUGAUGCCCAAUGGACCCAUCCCCCUGCCCCCAAUGAUGAACUUUGGCAUGCCGUCCUUGGCUCCAUUGGUACCUCCUCCAACUCUCUUGGUCCCUUACCCUGUCAUUGUACCCCUCCCAGUCCCAAUUCCUAUUCCAAUCCCCAUUCCCUUCAACCCCAAAUCCUCCAGGGACCAACCUGAGAGCACUGGUUCUGUCCGUAGUGCUCCAGAGUCCUCAGAAGCUUCAGCCUCUAGGCCCCACUCUCCAGGCUCCUCUGGAGGUGAUAGAGGGAGCCAGAAGAUAGAGCCAGCUGGAGGGCGUGUCUCUCCUGUGCGGUCAGAGAGAGGCAGGACAGUGGAACUGACUGUGAAGGCAGAGGACAACUCAGGCAACCUUUGUCUCAGCAGUGGCCCUGGAUUGAUGGAUGGGGUUAUUGAUCUAACAGUGGGCCAAAGAUCAUGCCAGCAGCAGGUAAUUCACAGGAUGCUACCUGGUGUCCAGGUCAAAGUAGAGCCAGAGGCGGAUUCAAGAUCUCCACCAGCUGCUGAGCUGGGGAGGGAAGGGAAGAGCCAUCGUGAUGAAGGGGAGGGGGCUCUGCUCCCACAGGAACUCCUCAGUGCUGCGGAGCCGGAUGGGGCCACACACCCUAACACACUGGAAUCAUCAGCCCCACCUUCCAGUGCUCCCAGCAAAGCUUCAGUGAGCCAGAAGAGUCCCCACUAUUCUAACCGUACAACACCACCCUCACCAAGUACAGUACGGACCCAGCCCCCAUCUCUACCCCAGCACCAGACUAGCCCUGCUGCCCCAUGUAAUGUGAUAGUCAAUGGUACGGGAUGGCAUCCACUUCUCACACCUGCUUUCGAAUCUGACCGAAGGGGAGAGGCAGGAGAAGGAGAGGCAGAGAAGCACCCAGCUAACGGUGAGCUUGAGCGUGAGGCGUUAAAAGAGAACAAUUGUUCCGUAGGUGAAUGGGAGCCAGGAAAGCGGGUCUCGGUACAAGAUGAGAUGGGUAACACGGUGGAGGGUAAGCCAGAUCCUGACUCCAACUUGGAGGAGGGUGAGCAUGCCUACGCCCUACCGCUGCUGUCGACCGGAGGCUGUGUUGUCAUACAGCCUGUGCCAAAGCCCGCCGCUGACAAGACAGCCAUCCUCUCCUGCUCCAUCAGCGCACCGCUAUCAGCCGCUGGGAGUCCUGAGCUCGAGCCGCCGCUGAAGAGGAGGUGUCUGCGAAUUCGCAAUCAAAACAAAUGAAAUGGAUGCUCUGAGGACCGCAGUGCCAUCAACGACACUCACUUGUCCACCCCCCACCUCCAAAUCACACUACUCCACACACACACACACACACACACACACACACACACACUGUCCUCAUCCUCACCCAUCGUCCAGUCUACCAGCACCACAAAUCGCCUUUGAUGACCGAUGAGUCCAAACAAACAUGAUGAUGUGUAUCAUAGCCGAGUGGACUACUGUUGUCUGUGCGACAGACACUCUGAUGGCCACCAGGACCGUUUGGUCUCUGAACUGAAGACAGUAUAUUCCUGCAACAGGAGGACUUUACCCCGCUGCUCCUCUCCUCAUUUAGAGACUCUCAGCCCACACUGCCCCUUUAGACUUCAAUCCACCCUCCCCUAUCGAACAAGUACACUCUGUAUUGUCUUUUUACUAUGGAACGCACUGUAGUGUCCGAUAUUCAAAUCUGCUGCUUGGAAAUUAUUGAAGGAGCCCCUAAAACUGAAACGCUUCAGUCCAACUUUGUGCCACACCACAGGUAUAAAAUCUCUGCUCCUGUAAGUCUUAUUUUUAUCACUUGUCACUGAGCUGUAGAGGCAUUUAAAAAAUCGUCUUGGCGUUUGCUUGUUCACCAGAAAGGUUUGCACAUAGAUACCACACCGGUUGCUUCAGUUCAUGGGAAGAUGCGUCAAAGCAGCCGCCAUAUUGCUGAGGAUUUUCAAGCUAUUUGAAUUGUCAUUUCCCCAAAUUUUAUGUUGAUAGUUCUAAAAUAUCAGAAAUUAAGAUUACAAAUCUGCAGCUGCUUUUCUGUGAUGUUCUAAAGACUGACUCUGAAAUGUAAAAACCGAUGGGAUUACAUCAUUUUCAAGAGUUUACUGUCACCUUGAAAUAUGAGCUGCAGACGAGUCAUUUGGCUCAAGUGCUGCUGUUCGUGAAUGCCUUUUAUCUUUUAUGAAUGCACACACACAAAAAGUCAUUCUGAUGCAGCUCUGAAUGCUUCUGUAAUGACAAUUCAAGCACAUUGUAAGUCAGUUUAAAAGAGAGUUGCACAAAGCAGCACAAAAGUUCUCACGUUACACAGGAAUGGCUAAGAGCACAUAGUGAGCUCCCCCGAGCAUGAUGGUGGCUGCAGAGAUGCAUCUCUCAAGCCCAGCUUUGGUAUCUGUGUGUUAAUACACGUGCUUAUUCACAACCAGCAAAAAUGUCCUUGCCAACCUUGUCACCAAGUUCUGGGUGAAUCCAAUGGGAUUAAGAAAUCUGGGAAAUCUUUUUUUCUCUUUUUGGAUGGGGGCAUAAAAUCACCUUCACAUAUGUUGAGAAUUAUUCUGGAGAUAACCUUCACCAGCAAGUAAGUGUGUGGGUGGAAUCGUGCAAUCUCUGCCAUUUUCCGUUGGCAUCUGUCUGUUUGCUCUCCACUGAAUUCAGUUUUAGUGUUACACAAGGAUAAGAUGGAGCUGUCGUGAUAAUCAUUCCUAUUAUUGACAUUUUCUCUACCCUCUGGAAUGCUGCCCGUGUGCUUAAACAGUAAUCUGUGCAAGUAACAGUAAUAACAGCGAGCAUUUCAAGGCUUACUUGCACCACCAAAAGAACUGAGAUGGCAUGGCAAUGUGGAAGCAUCCUCCAGCCUGCAGUGGGUACUCGCUUCCGCAGGCUAGUACUUAAUCUUUUCUAUAAUACAUCACCAGUGAUGUUUCUGUCAUGGGUUAGUUUGAGACUGACUGCACUGAAUUUUGAGGGGGGUGCAGGGGGAAGCCAGCUCUUUCAUAAAUUAUUCUUGUGGGACUGAAGGGAAAACUGCUGAAGUAACACAACAGAAACAUUUGAACAGUAAACACACAGAGGACAAAGUCUUUAUGGCAAUAUUUUGUCCACUAACUCUGCCAAGUUGGUUCUUUUUUUGCCAAUUCUUUUUUGUUUUAAGGAAGUAUUUUCAGCAUUUGUAGAUCCUACCGGGAAGUUUGAGUAAAUGCAACACAACUGUCACCCAUCCAGUUCUGAUCUGAUCCAGUUACACAUCGGCUGUGAGCUGGGACGCCAUCAGACAAAGCCAGCAUUUAGUUUACACUCCUAUGGAGGAGGUGCACUGUACCAGUGUGAGACAAGGUAUUAUCACAUGCCAAAGGCCUCUGGUGUGUUGAAACAAAACAUGUCACCUAGUUUUUAGUGGAAAUGGGAUUUUAAACUGAAGAUUUGACUGGAUAAUUUAUAGCUGCCAAAAUAACAAGCACUUAUUUUGAAAAAAAGAAAAGAAAAGAAGGCCCAAGAGAAGAGAAGUGGAUGUCAAAAGCAUCAUUACUAUUAUACUCUUUUCGGUUUAGACCUGUGAUAUGUCACAGUAAGCGUGAGAUAGAAUCUGGCUUAAACGACAAAGUGAUCUUCAAUUAUCGUUUGUCUUGCACCCUGAUUUUUUUUAUUAUUGGUAUAAAAGUAAAAAAUUGUUUUCUACACUGUGUAAAGACGAGGCCGAGCUUUUCCUCAUGCACGUAUUCACAAGCAUACAUACUCAUAUGGCACAAUGCACAUAGUAAAUUUAACUUUGUGUUUGUGUGUGUGAGGCAGGUGCAAGCAGAGAGCCCAGCUGAGAUUACAGAGUGUUGACUCAGAAUAAGCAGUGUGCAACUCUAUCUGUCGCCUCUUAGUCAGGCAUUUAGGCUUAGCUCGCCUCUUGCCAAGGCCCAGCUUUGGUGUCACUUUAAGCUUUUCCUCGUCUCUGCUUCAUUUCUCUGCAAGCAGAGCCAGUCAAAAUGGUCUUUUUAAGCUCUUGCCUGCCUUUUGCUGUAUUGCACUUAAAGACACAGGCUAACAUAUGCAUCUGGUGCUGUUAUUUUGGUUAUGAGAUGCUGUAAUUUUGAAUAUAGAGACCUAAUAGAACUAAAUCACACUGAGCUGCAGGAAAUAUGAAGGAAUGCAGUUCCUGAAGUGGCCACUUGAGGCUUUUUCCAAAAACAAAUAAGUUCAAUUAGCUUCCUUUGUCAAAAUACAUUAAAAAGAGCAGACAACCAUGUUUUACAGCCUGGCACAAAAGCAGUUUUUGGAUAGUUUCCCCUUUCAUAAGAACAACACUUGGUUUAGGUGUUGGAGUCUUUUACAACAUUUUUAAUUAUAUUUUCAGACAAUUAAUAUGCCAUCUAUCAGCCCACUCAAGAGGUUUGUGCUUUAAUUUUGGUGAAUGAAUUAUAAUAUUUUAUUAGUCUGUUACUUAAAACUCAUUAGCAGGCAUGUAUGUGUGGUGCUUGCUAACCAAACUCACAGGUGUUAGCACCCUUUUGCACCCUUUCAUUCAGAUAUGGUCACUUAUGGCUCCAGCAUGGAAACCAGAAAGGUUUGGGCCCAAGCAGCCCAAGCGCAAAUGUAGAGUCUUAAAAAUGGUCAGCGGGUGACGGCACGGUGGCUUAGUCCAUCUUAAAUAUACAGUCUGUGAAUGACACUUGCAUGUGUGUUUAAAGUGCUAAAACAGAUUUGAAAAACUCAACAGCAAUGCCCAUUUCCAAAAUCAUGAUCCGUUUACUCUUCCUACAGAACUACACCGGUGACUGUGCAGAAGGAACCUUUCAUUUUCCCAUGACAAGAGCAGACAUUAUUUGGAAAAUAGUACAUUAAAGGUUUCUGAAUUAAGUGGGCCAGAAAGAGACUGUUCUGCCGACUUUUUCAAAUCCUAACACUAACCUGUUGCACACAACUAUUUAAGAGACAUUUAGUUCCAUUAUACAGAAGAGACAAGAAGGCAAAAAUCUUUACAGCCACUACACAAGAUAGGAAUGGAGUGAAAGCAUGGCAGGCUACAGGGAAGAUAUGCAAAUGUGAUUUUAGGCUGAAUUAGUCCUUUAAGUAGAGCUACUUAUUUCUGUAAUACUUUCCCCAAAAAUACAGUUUACAUCAGAAGAAUAUAAAUUAUUCCUCUGAUUUAAUUUCUUCCCCAGAGAAUAACUCUGUUUGUUUAUUGACCUUUCCCUGACCUUUCUUAUGGCACCAUCAGGAAAAUUUUUACAAAUUUAUUCCUAGGAUAGCAAAUCUCAGAUAUCUUAACCAGUAGUUUCAUACCGAUUAAAAAGGUUGAGAGGGCUUGAUUUGAUGAGGAACUUUCUGCAAUCUGUUGUUAUGUCUGUUUUCACUCCUGCUUGGCCCUGUUACAUAGAGACGCUUACUUACAUACAGAGACUACAGCAACAUGCCCAAUUGUGUCUGUUUCUAAUCUGCACCAUGCUGUGUUGGCGUCACAAGCGGUAUGCUAUCUGUGCCUGAGACAGACACCGAACAUGCGAAAGCCUGACUCUCGUGGAGAAAACCUAGACCGCAGAGUCAGUCUUUGUGAGGGCAACCAGACGCGUGACAAAUAUCCAGCAUUCCUUUUUUUGGUGAUGGACUACAGGCCUGGUCAGCAGCCUUAAUUAUGCAAUGACAACCAACUCCAAAACUGCUAAAAACAAGUGGUCCACAGGCAAAAUAAAACAUGAUUCAACUUCAUGUUACUUUUCAGAAACAACGGAGAAGUUGCCUUAACUCUUGCUUGUAUAAUCUCUCCAGUUAAGACAAUGAUGCUCGCUUGUAAAGAAGACUCUCCCUUCUUUGUACAAAAUGAAAUAUACCAGAAACAACAACUUUGUUAUCUUGCUAGUGUCAAUGUAUAGAUGAUCAGCUUUUUCUGUAACUUGUAUGGACCGUCACAUUUUUGCUAAGAAGAGAACCCCCACCCCCACCCCACCCCUUCCAGACUUCCUUGUUCCUAAUCAUCCAAUCUGUUUUAACUCGUGGUGGACUGUCAAUCUUUUUUGUGUACAUUUUAUAGUAUUAUUUAUUGUUGACAAGUUUUGCAUUUGCAAAUAAAAAAGUAAAGGUGGUUUGACCUGAGCAUUCGAUUCCAGUGUAAAUGCUUGGUGAACAGUGACAUGCUUUUUCUUUCUUUUUUUUUAUCAUUGAAAUGGAGGACACAGUGAUAUGAGGAGGCCUUUUUAUUAUGUUGUAACAUGUACAUAACAUGUGGCCAAAAUUGCUUUUGGAGAAUGGUCAUUUUUUUGUGUUGUAACGGUAUUUGUUUUAUUCAGUGAAUUGCCCAUGAAGACAAAUAAAUAAGAG